CGCCAAAGAUUAUAUAAACAUCGCAACCACGAGACAUAUUCCACCGUAAACAAGAAAAUGGCAAUUGUUAGGUCCUUUGACCCAUUUUGUGAAUUUAAAUUGAUCGGCAAAUAAACAACCUAGCGGGAAACUUUAUCACGCAACAUUUUCCCUCAUCAAGACCGUGCAGUCGAACCGAGAAUUUCCCUUAAGAAACAACAGUUUUCUAGGCUUAAUUUAAAAUGAAUUUUUCAGUUAUUUUACUCACGCAACAAUUUAUUACCGUGUGCCUUUUUUAUACUAGUUUCGCUCAGUUACACGUGGUUGAUAUUCCCAAUCAGGGAAAAAUUCAGGGUAUUGAGAUAUCAAAAGUGCGUAUACAGAAGAUAAUUGCUUAUUAUGGUAUUCCUUAUGCACAACCGCCUAUUGGAAAUAGAAGAUUCGCACCUCCAGAGACAAAUCCGCUUCCAGACUGGUCUGAUAUUAAAAAUAAUACGGACUAUCAACCGUCUUGUUUACAAGUAAGGGAGGAUUAUAAAGCUUCAGAGUUACCGUUCCUUACACUUUUGACAGAUAUGGAGUUUCCUAGUAAUAUUAGUGAGGAUUGUCUUUAUCUGAACGUGUUUGUUCCUACUGGUCCACCUCCUCAAGGCUUCGCCACUAUAAUUUGGAUUCAUCCCGGGAACUUUACCACUGGAAUGCCUUCCAUUUGGAAUCCGCAUACCUUGGUGUAUCGCCAAAGGGUAAUAGUAGUAACAUUCGCUUGGAGGUUAAAUAUUAUGGGGUUUUUCACUACAACGGAUGGAGAAGCUCCUGGAAACUACGGAUUGAUGGAUCAGCAAGCUGCUAUGCAGUGGGUGAAAAACAAUAUUAAGUAUUUUGGUGGAAAUCCAGACAAUAUUUGUGUUAUGGGUUAUGGAACUGGUGCGACCAGUAUUGGAAUCCACAUGAUUAAUGCCGAGUCGAGGAAUCUCUUCAAUCGAGCAAUUAUCAUGAGCAGUAGCCUUUUCCAGCCUUCAGCUUAUCGAUAUCCUGAAGAGGAUGUACCACUAAUUGAAAGAGUUGCAAAAGAUUUUGGAUGCCUUAGAAAACCAACUUCGCUUCUGAUUGAUUGCCUGAGACGUGCAGACGCAAACCAGCUGGUGCAGCAGACUUCUAACAUUAAUUGGAGACCUUUAAUUGAUAAGGAUUUAAGUAAUAGUACUUCGGCAUUUUUGUCAGAACCUCCGAAGAACUACUUUGAUCGAGGAGAAUUUGCUAAAAUUCCCAUCCUGACUGGGUAUACUAACAUGGAACAUGGUCUAGAGUUUGGUGAAUGGGAUAAUAAUACGGUUUUCUCGCAUGAGACGUUAGAACAGCUUUUAACAGAGCUUAUAAGUGGAGAUCUUCCCAAUAUCAAUAACACAGAGUCGAGCUGUUCCUACAAUUUUGAUUUAUUGGUGGAUUCGGUAAUGUUUUUCUAUGGUCCUGCUUGUCCGAACUAUACUGCAGAUAGCUUUAGGAAAAUCGCUACUAGUUUUCUGGUUGAAAAAACGUAUGCAGCUUCUACCAUUCAGAUGGCGAACUACCUCAGCAAAGAUCAACCGGUUUAUGUGUAUAGAUUUGAUAUGAAACCCAGCUCAAAAGUAGCAAACAAGGAAUUACCUGAUUGGAUUAAGGUUCCUCACCUAUUUGAUCUUACUUAUGUAUGGGGUCUGCCCUACUGGAAGCCCGAUCAACAAGAAUGGGAUCCUCGAGAUAAAAGGAUUGCUGAUACAGUUAUGUCUUUUUGGACGAGUUUUGCAAAAACCUCGGACCCUACUCAAAAUACGAUUUAUGCAAUAAAGUGGGACGCAUACAGUAAGGACAAGCCAGGGCUUUUGAUUAUGGAUAAUAAUAUUUACAUGAGCGACAUAAAAAGUGUAAACUAUAAGGCGUUUGAGUUUUGGAACGAUUAUUAUCCGAAAGUAUAUCAAGUGGCUAUUGAUUGUUGCGGAUCAUCUGAUUCUUCUUCUGCCGUUGCUUUUGAUUGGGUUUUACAUUUUACUUUUGCUUGUCAACUAUUGUAUACAUUUUAGUAAAUGACUGAUAAUUCGUGUUUUUUUCAGUAUUAAAUUUUUAGAGGAACCAAUAAUCCUUUUAUAAACAAAUAUAUCAAAUCAACCCUUUAUACUAACUUAGACACUAUUAAGUUGGGUGACACCAUCCCUAAUUAAUACCUCCUAGAAGCAAUAGAUUGCACUUUAUUAUCAGUCCCCUGUAUAAUGAUUUAUGUGUUAAGUUUGGAAUGAAAAUUAUAAAUAACACUGUAAUAUUGUACAGGCAUUCCUGGUAUAUGCUUACAACAUCUGUAUCUAAUUUAAUACGUCCAAUAAACAUUUUUUACUGUC